AUGCGAUUGGUUUUAAUAGUCAGUUCCCUUUUCUUUUCAUCUUUCUGUUUUGAUUGUACUCAACCAAAGGACAGUGGAACCGCAUGUAACGAAAGCCCUGCGGCAAGAUCUUUCUAUUUUGACUCCAGAACCAAAGUAUGCCAACCAUUCCUAUACUCUGGAUGUGGAGGAAAUGACAAUCGUUUCGCAACUUCCAAAGAAUGUCGCGACUCCUGUCAAAACAAGAAACAAACUACAACUACACCGUCCCCAAAUACGAUUUCAGAUGAAUCUGACAAUGGAUCAUCACCUAACUCCCCUCCAUUUGUUCCACAGGGAACAUCUCAUGACCAGUGGAGGAAGGCAGAGAUUUGUGGAUCAAAUUAUUUGAUUCCAAAUGGAAAGUAUAUUACUUGUUCUCCAAAUACACCCUGCCCAAAAUUCCAUUCGUGUGUUAAUGGUGCCUGCUGUCCAUCUAAAGAUUAUGUCUGUUCGUUAAGAGAUGACAACGGAAGUUUCAUGGAUGGAGUAGAAGAUCGUCCAAGAUUCUCAUGGAAUAAUGAUGUUCGUAGUUGCACGAGAUGGAGUUAUUAUGGAGCAAACGGAAACUAUAACAACUUCCCGAACUUCCAAUCUUGUAUGAGAUAUUGUCAGGAUUCAAAAAAAAUUGACUUAUAA